CGCUUGGACUGAGAAAUUAUUGACCAUAGAUUCACCUUGGUGAAAUAUUGCUGCAAACUUCCUAGGGGUCUUCGUACAUUGCUUUCUUCCGCGAAAUUUGACAACCACACAACCCACUAUUCGUCCAAUAAACCCAUUCGUUAGUCGAGUCUUGCGCCAGGAAACGUUCACAACAAUUGUAAAAACCACCAGAAACUUUUCUUUUCAGCUUCUUGAAUCUGAGUUGAACUGUACCUUUCCACUGCGAUCUCACGUCAAGUCACGAAACCUUUCGACCCGCUGUCUACUCUGGGCUUGUUUCGUUGCCAUAUUUUCCUUUAAUUAUCACAACAAUGGCUUCCAAAAGAUCUCGUGCGCCUCUCCAUCGUGCUUGCAAGAAACGAAACCCUGUUGCGCAAUGUCCUGGAACCAGAGUUCAAGCCUCUGCUGGGGCACAGUCAGCUCCAAUCACUGUCGAAAACAGGCCUGCGCAAGUGUUUGGACUUGAACCAGAGAUCAUGUAUAUGAUCAUGUCGAAGCUCGAUAUCUUCACCGCGAGAGUUGGGGACUUACUUGCCGGCAAUUCAACGAAGAGUACAAGAAAAGCUUCGAGACAUAUGCCGGACACUCAAGAAUGUGAUAUAAAUCUGAGCAAAUGACAAGUCCAGGCAUUGCUAUCACAAGCGAGAGGCGACCACAUCUGAAUGAUAU